AUCCAUCCCAUCCCAUAUUCGUUACAUUCUCACUACUCUUUCACCUAUCUCCAACCCUAUACACUUCCUGUAUACAUCUACUGUAUACCUUACCCCUUUUACCUAUCUUGUUAAUUCUUUUUUGCCUCCACCCCACUCACAGCCCCCGUUCCCAUCAUGUCGUGGGCAGGCUUUAAGAAAAAUGUCAACCGCGCAACGACACAGGUGAUGAUGAAGACAGGGCAUGUCGAGCGGACAAAUGAUCGGGACUACGAGAUCGAAGAGCGACGCUACCGUACUAUGGAGGCUGCGGCGAACCGUCUACAGAAGGAAGCGAAAGGGUAUCUGGAUUCAUUGCGGGCAAUGACUGCCUCGCAAAUGCGCAUUGCCGAGACGAUUGAUGCCUUUUACGGAGAUGCAGGGACGCGUGACGGGGUGAGCCGGAGUUACAAGCAGGCUGUUGAGGAUUUGGAUGCAGAGACGAUUAAAGCGUUGGAUGGACCGUACCGAACUACCGUUCUGGACCCUAUCUCUCGGUUCUGCGCCUACUUCCCCGAUAUCAACGAGUGCAUCAAGAAACGCAACCACAAGCUCCUCGACUACGACGCGAUGCGGGCCAAGGUGAAGAAACUGGUCGAGAAGCCGGACAAGGACGCGACCAAGCUGCCGCGCGCGGAGCGCGAGGCCGAGAUCGCCAAGCAGGCCUACGAGCAGCUGAACGAGCAGCUCUUCACCGAGCUGCCGCAGCUGAUCGACCUGCGCGUGCCCUAUCUGGACCCUAGUUUCGAGGCCCUGGUCAAGAUCCAGCUGCGCUUCUGCGCGGAAGCGUACUCGCGCAUGGCACAGGUGCAGCAGUAUCUUGAUUCCGAGACUCGGGACCAAUACGCUCGCGGAGAUUUGGAUAAUCGGGUCGAGCAGGUCCUACAGGAGAUCAGGGACUUGAGCAUAGCGGGGACGGUAUAAUGUUACAUACAAACCACUACAUUGUUAACCUCUAUACUCUUGUAGCAUGUCAUUUAAGAUGAU